GCGCGCGUUUACUAGAGUCGACUUUCCUCCCAAACUUUUUCACAUAAAACACGCGAUGAAAUUCUCUCAUUUUAUCAAUUGCGCAUAAAUAUUUUUGGUGAUCUUGCAGUUUGGAAAUUAUAAAAUUACGUGAUUAUUAAUGUAGAGAAGAGAUUUUGUGUGAAAAUUUAAUAUUAUUUGUUUUGAAAGAAACUGUGACAAUGCAGUGAUGAUUGGAACGCAGUUUUUCAAGAAUGGCUUUACUGGAAACUCCGAGACGGUGUUUCCUCGUAUAGUGGGCCUGCUGAGCGGGUAGGAUGCAGCGGCAUGCAGCGCGCAGUGUUGCUGAUGGCGGUUCUCACGCCAAUUUCACCACUCGAUAACUUCACAGCUUCAACAGGUAUUAAACCGGAAGUCACUUCAGAGCCCGGCACGAUGCCUCCGGCGGUGGUCUUCAGGAACCCGCGACCGUACUCUCCGAGGCCGAGGAAAACGUCCAUGCGUCAAGGGAAGUCAGAUUCACCGAUGCUCAACUAUAUAUUUGACUCCUAUGCAACAAGUAACAAGCACUUCCAUGACAAAUUUCGUCCGCCGUCGUUUGAAGGUGACGUGUCUUCGGAGGAUACCUCCAUUGAUGCCGACACCGGAGCUACUGUCAACUUCGAUUGUCAAGUAGCAUCCCUGAGGGACAAAACCGUAUCUUGGAUUAAAGUUUCCGACGAUGAAAAUUUGGAGUUGCUAACUUUAGAUUUAGAAACACAUACAGCGGAUUCGAGAUUCCGUGUGGACUUGGCCAGCGAAACCUGGCGGUUGACCUUGUCAGACGCUCGGGCCACGGAUUCUGGUGUCUAUUGUUGCCAUGUGUCCACGCACCCACCGAUGUUAAAGCGCUUCAAACUUACAAUUCAUCGUCCUGAAAUAAAACUGACCAAAGAGGCGUUCCUUGAGACAAGCGAGACACUCUCCCUGAAAUGCAUGAUCUUACACUUGCACCCCGGAGAUUCCGAGCCCGCUCUCCGAUGGUAUAGAGGAAACAGCUCAGUUCCGCUGGAUGAAAUACGUGGCGGAGUUCUUAUCGAGACGGACUAUCUGACGUUCACGAGUCACCUGCAGGUGGCCAUGCUCAAGGUGGAAGAUGCUGGUAACUACACCUGUGCCUUGCAUGUGCCAAUGGAGAUGAGAACAGUCGCGAGGGUUCAUGUGUUACGAGGUUCGAGUCUGGCUGAACUGCAGAGUGGCGUGAAGACUACGACGAGCUAUUUGAGCCUACUGAUGGCAGCCAUGCUGGUCGUCAUUGGAGCAUACAGCGACGUGAGGUGACCUAUUUAGGCGACGGCUUUACAGAAUCGGGAAUCUUAAAAACGGAUAACGCAAGCAUAAAUGGGAAUAACGAUUUCUGUACAUAUAUUAAUUUGUAUAAUCCAUAACACAACUGAAAAUAAGUAAUCUAACAAGAGUAAACUUAUGUGUUCGUAGAUUUACUUAUUAAACUCAUUCGUGAAAAGUUGUUACGAAAUUAUUUAAGUCAUUACGAAUUUAUUUAUUAACAUUUCCUCAUUUGUUCUUGCUUAUCCAGAUUGUCGAAUAAAAGAUCCUUAUAAUAAAGGAAGAAUACCGUCCAAGGAUCUUUCGGUUUAAAAUAAGGACCACUAGUGAGAUUGUACUUAAUAUGUAGGUACAGCAUCUACGCAUUUGUAACAAAAUUUCUUUUGUUUAAAUUUAUGUGAAGGAAUUCGCCAUCUUUGGAACGAUUUACAUAUCAAAACGAUAAUAUCUUCUGAUAUCAUUUAAAUAUUCUAAAUUUCAGUGGUUUUAUGAAUAUAAUAUUAUCUACAGUCAUAAAAUGACUUCACCAGCUUUUGCAUAUCAAUACAAAAUAUCAAAAUUCGCCAUACCCUACUCAUAUUCAAAAUCAAAGUAUCAAAAUUCAAAGUAAACUGUAGGUACUUAUUAAAAAAGAAACUUUAUCGAGUAUUUCUAGAACCGUUUAUUAUUUUAAAUAUUUAAUUUAGAAGUAUUUAACUUACUCCGUUUUUGUUUAGUAGUUAAUUUAUUUUAUUACAACAUAUUUUAUAUUUAUAAACCGAUCACACUAAAGGAAUCCAUUAAAUGUAAUAAACUAUAUUGAAUAUUAAAAGUAUAAAUAUUGUAACCGUAACAGAAUGGGUGUCGUAGUGGAACAAUUAAUAAUUAUAAAACUGAAUUUAUGUGUAAUCUUCCAUGUUACGCACUUCACUUUGUAAAUAUGUCUAAUAAAUUUUGGUUAACUUCACUUUUCUAAAGCACGAACCAAUAUUACAUCUAAGUCGAAGUAUACAAGUCACAUAGUGGAGACUUUAAUGAUACCAUGAGCUUUUAUAAUAAUCUUUACAUCAGGCUCUACUGUGUGACUCUCUUCUUGUAUAGAUAACUUCAAAUCUUUUCAUAUAUAUAAUGUAACUAUAUACCUAGUUUAAACUCUUGUCUUAAUUACAUUCAUUAACUCUGCUUUGAUUGUUUGCGUUUCUUUGUUCCGAAUUCUUUCUUCAAUUGCAUUAUUAAAAUAAAUUCCAUUAGAGCAGUUGACAAAUGUUGCUGAAAGUCAUAGAGGUUAUAAGAUUGUUGUCACAAUUAUACCACAGUAACAUUUACCCCCAUAAGCAUUUAAGGAAAUAACAUGUUUUUAACGGUAAUAGGAUUGUUUUGGUGUUUCGUGUUAUGUGUAAUUACAGAAUUCAUGUUAGUGUAAGAUGAUAAUACUGUAAGUCUAAAGUCCGUGUUAAGGAUAUGUAUAACGUUGGAUUGUCUUAGAAUUUCCUUUUAGUUCACAUUCAAAAUCUAUUUGUCAAAAUUCUGUACAUUCAGUAAGUAUGUUUCUUAUGUAUGAAAUAUUAAAUACUUACAUUCAAAUUAUUAACAUUCUCGGUCAAACCAAUGAUUCAAUUAACAAAUUAUAAUAUAUAACA